GCUGUAGUCCGGCCCUCGCCUCCGGCCCGGCACUGGUCGCCGCUGCAAGCCCCUCACCCCGACAGCCUUUGGCCCACCUGCUCCUCUUGCCGCCGGGUAACUCCGCGGCACCCCAGUGCUGCGGGCGCGCUGGGAUCACUGGGUGCCCGAGUGUUUGGACAGGCACAGAGCCCGCCACAGGCAGGAGCGGGAAGCGGCAGUGGUCGCGGGCAGCGUGCACUGCUGCCGGCUCUGUGCCGGCACUGGUGAAGGCAGGGAAUGAUGGAGGGCUCUGAGGAGCUGGAGAGCAGCCUCCUGACGCAGCCCUGGGCUUCUGUUUGCCUUGGCGAGUCCACUUUCCUUGCCAAAGUGUGCUUCAGGGAUACUGGCUACAUCCUGCUGAUCUCCGACCUCAGCAGCGUCUGGUACGAGAGUGCAAAUGCCAAGGCCGUGGGACAAAGGUCCAAGGAGCUGAACAAGCGGCUGACAGUCCAGGUGUCCUCCUUCCUGCACCACUUGUACGAACUGAUGCGCCCCUUGCUGGCAGGGCAGCUGGAUGCCACCACCUCCUUCUCCUGCCACCACACUGCCGGCGGGCUCAGCCUGCACGUGAAGAGCGAGCUCUCGGGACUGCCUUUCCACUGGGAAUUCCACUGCUGCCCUGCUCCCGUGGAGAUGGUGUCCCGCCACCUCGUUAAGCCUUUGAUUCAGAUGAGUCUGGCGCUGCAGUCCCAGGUGCAAAAGCUGACCUCCUUGCUGCUUCAGAAGGAUGCUGAGAUCGAAGACUACAGGGAGAGUGGGGCCACUCUCAGCAGAGACCGGCUGCGGACAGAGCCCUUCCAGGAGGAGACGUUUCAGCAGCACUUCAUGGUUAAGAGCCUGCCCCAGAUCUGCGGUGCGGGAGAAGGGCAGGCAUUCACCUCCACUCUGCAGCAGCUCUACAUGGCAGUGACACAUCAGGAAGCCAGGCAGGCUCAGAAACGGCAGCUCUCAGAGGAUGCUGAGGACCCAGCACCUGCUGCAGAAACCACAGAGCACCCCCAUCCACCGCCUCCAUCCCAGGAAGAUGAAACAGCAUCUUCCAGUGAGGGAAUCACACCAACCUCCUCCCCAGCUCAGAAGCCCCGUCUGUCUGUGGCCAAGACCAAGCCAAAGAAGGCAAAAGGGCUCUUCAGCUGAAGCAUCGCUGCCACCCAGCAUGAGGGUCUCUGCUCCCCCCAGCAUCUGAGAGAGGCAGCACAGAGCACCCAUGGGUCCUCUGCCUCCUCUCCUGCAUCUCCUGGAAGAUCCUGCCCAGCUCAUGGUUCCCUCCUGAGGUGUCUCCAGCCAGGGAGAUGGGGCAUCACCUUCCUUCAACCGUGUGUCAGGAACCUCUUUUCUGCCCCUCCUUGUGCAGAGCUUGCUCAGGCUGCCUAGUGCUAGAGCUAGUGCUGGAGCUGGGACGAAUGGGAGGGAUGCUGCCGGGUGGGUGUGGGACAGCUGGGCUCUGGCAGGGCUGUGGGGUUUGGCUUCUCUUGUGUUGGUUUGCAAUAAAGGGCUGUGUCUGGGUGA